CUAAGUCUACCAGAUCACACGACAUACUCUUCAAUAUGAUAUCUGAAACCUUGAUAGAUAUCCUUGAUAGGGAUAACGAUCCAUAAUAAAGUGUACAUAUGCAAGGACUAGAGUACGAGGAACCCACCGAGUUGACCGUACAGGCAGAGCUUGCAAUUGUCAUUAGGCGCCAAGACAUACAAGACAUACAAGUAACCCCACGAUUUGAAGAACUGAGUAAGCGGUGGGCGUUAUGCCGCGUCCUUCCGCCUCGCUAUCGCAAAAAAAGUUGGGUGUACUCCGUAGAUAAAACCAAAGAGAAAGAAGAGCAAGGGUGAGGCGGGAUAGCCGACACCAUGUCUUUAUCCAAGACAGAAACAGAUGUCAUAUUGAACAAAGCCAACGUUGCUUUAGCACGCAGUCAGCGACUCGUCGCCUCAUGGCUACCCCCGAAGACUCAGGAAGAACAAGCCAAUACAAAGUCUGAAGAGGAGUUACAGCGAGAUGAGGAUGAGGUUUUCACAGCUGUGCCGGAAACUUUAGGUGUUGGCGCACCCCUUCCCUCCAGAGCAGCAGAUGGAAGUUGGAAUCGCACUGAACUUGACUCCAACGAUAAACUGCGGAGACAACUUCUUGGGAAGAAUUACAAGACAAUUAUGUCAGAGAGGAAUGCAGCGGCGGGUCGACAGCCGAGCAGCAUGGGGUGCUCACCAGGUGUUAGCUCUACUACGAAUCAGUCCCAGACUACAGCGGGCAAAGCUGAUGACGAUGAUGACGAUGACGAAGGACGAACGGCCUUAGUCGGGAAGAAGGGUCCGACUAAGAAAAGAAAAGCGGAGUCUAGUCCGAGGACUCUCGACCCCGUCGUAACUGAAAACGACGAUCGUGGGGAUCGGGUUGAUGAUGGUGGAGAUGGCGAGGAUGAGACAUCGGUGAAGCAAGGGGACUCAUUAGCACAACAGCCAUCUCGACUAAAAGGCAGGAGGAAAGCUACAAGUUUCUUAGAUGAGAUUCUUGCUGAGCGGUCAAGGAAGAGGAAGAAGAAAUAAACUCGUCUCCUGCUCAAGCUCUCAUGGUCGAGGACUAGAUUUCAAUAUACCCCGUAUAUCUGCUUGAAUUACUUUGACGAUACAUAUA